AAUACACACAAAAAUAUUAUUAAUUCUACGGUUACAAAUGCUGUUUGGCUCCCCGGAACAUAAUACUUCUGAAAUAAUAUGACGGCUUUGGACGACUUGCCUAAUGUGGACUCUUUCUUUGGGAUCGAUUUGAAGACUGGCUCGAUGAUCGUAGCUGCUAUUGGUGUGGUACAUCCAAUGGCGUACGGCUGUUCCUUCUUCCUGCCCAUCAGUUACCUCCUUGUCACCAUUUGGAUUUUGGUGGCUUUGUAUUUCGCGUCUAGCAUUGUGCUGUUCUUUGGUCUAAUUAAGGAUGAUGUACUUCUAUGCUCAAUAUGGCUAUGGUAUGCGCUGAUCUUCGUAGUAGUGAUGAUGAUGAUGAUGAUUUUACUGGCGCUGGUGUUCACAUCGCGAAAGCAGAGAAACAGGGUGUUUGUGGUGCUACUCGGCAUGCUGUGGUAUGUAUUGACGGUGUACUUCAUAAUGGUGGUGAACAGUCAUCGCAAGAGGAUACUAAGCAACACAAAGGUUAAUAUUUGA